UAUUUAUCCACACGCCGACAAAUCCGACACUGCCGAAAAUGUGCAAACAGAAGACAAGCCAACAAACAAAUCCAGCAACCAAAUCAGAGAGAGAGAGAGAGAAGAGAGAGAACUUUUCCUUUUUAGUUUUAGGUGAUCUUUGUCUCCGUUCCAAAUCUGUUGGGAGGAUUUUCGACAACACAAUUUGUGGUGUUUAGAGAUAGAGAGAGAGAGAUGGAGGGUAGAGAGAGAGCAGGGGCAGGACAGACUUGUGGGUGUGCUUCAGCUAGUGCUGUCGGUGGUGAUGAAAAUCAACAAGUGACUGAGAAACCAGUGGAGAUCUGUAUUGUGGAUGAUGAUCCUUCUGUUGAUGAAGAAAAUGAUACUAGUACUCUACAAGAUGGUGAGGCUAUUGGGAAAUUUGUACCCAGCCCUCUGGUGCCUCUCAGAGACCAGAUUGAGAAAGACAAGGAGGAUGAGAGCUUAAGGCGGUGGAAAGAGCAGCUGCUCGGUUGCGUGGAAAGCGAUUUAGAUGGAAAAACGGAACCUGAAGUUAUAUUCCACUCCAUAGGAAUCAUAUCUGAUGAUAUUGGGGAAAUUAGUACUCCUAUACCUGUUGAUGAGAGUAAAAGCAGCUGUGCCCUCUUUACCCUAAAGGAGGGUUCCGAGUAUCGACUUAAACUGGCAUUCACUGUCUUGCACAACAUUGUCUCUGGCUUGACCUACACAAACGCAGUGUGGAAGGGAGGACUCCAAGUUGAUCAAAGCAAAGGAAUGUUGGGUGCAUUUGCUCCUCGACGUGAACCAUACGUGCAUACCUUAGACGAGGAGACCGCUCCAUCUGGCGUGCUUGCAAGGGGAAUGUACUCGGCUAAGCUUAAGUUUGAAGAUGAUGACCAAAGAUGCCAUAUGGAGCUCAAAUAUUCCUUUGAAAUCCAAAAGAGAAGCUGAGAUUUCUUCAGGGAAGAAUGUUUUCUCUGUCUUCUCUAGCAAGUUUUUUUCCCUUUUUUUUUUUUUUGGGUUACCUUCUUUUUCUAGUUGUGAAGUAAUUAAACCAGUGGUUUCAUUGUUUCAAGGUGUGAGAAAAAUAGAUUUGUGAGUGAUUAACGUUGCCUUUAAUAUUUUAUGUGACAGACGCGUUCGAUUGUGUUAGCAAAGGAGGUUGAAGUAUUAUUAUGAA